UAAAGAUAGCAAAAACCUAUGUUGAUAUUUACUAAUAGUUAGCAUUGAUCGAGCAUUGACCUUUGUACGAAUACUACGUACGUGUGACAAGUCAUUCAUUGUAAAUAAAUAAUCAGGUAUAUAAAAAAUGUCUUUAAACAAACUUGUUGGUGGUGAUUGUGGUGGAAACAAUGCACUUGUACAAUUUUCCAACAUAGUGCGUCGAGAUACAGGCAGUUUGCAGCACCGAUCGGAGUCCGAUAGAUAUGUUCAAGAGUUUUUAUCGCAAAAUCAAAAUAUACCUCAGUCUUUUAACAUGAAUGCAUUACUUGGCAAUUUACCUCAACACAACACAACAGUCACUAAUUGUAUACAAAGUCCGUCAACUUCUUUACAAUCAAAUUUGAAUUGUAUAGCUAGACCUUCUACAUCUUAUAUGCCAGUACCUUCCAUGCCAAGAACUAUACCUUUUAUGAUGCAUCAAACUAGAAUUGGCCACUCUCAAUCUCUUUCAAUGGUUCCAAAAACUUUAGUGCAAAAUUAUGGAGCAAUGACAACUUCUGACAAUGAUGUGCAAAAAAAGGCAACCGAGUAUGUCAAAAGCAAUCAGAAUGAUGAUGAACUUGGUUACAAUCAAUUUAUGUCAUUUAUGAAAAGAAUUAGUUCUGGUGAAAUGAAAUUUGGUGAAGAUAUUGAUAGAAACCAGGCAAAACUGUCUAAAGAUGAAAUUAUUGAUGAAAUGGCAGAAAAAUAUAAAGAUGAAUGGGAUAAACUCAGUGAUGUCACUGAUUAUUGGAAUUCAGAGGUUGCCCAUGGUAUUCCUAAUGAAUAUAAUUUCACUGAGGGAAAUGUCAUGUUAGAAAAUAAAAGUGCAUUGGAAAUUGGAAAAGAAAAAUUGAAAUUAGGAGAUAUUCCAGGAGCUGUUCUUUGUUUUGAAGCAGCUUGUCAACAACAACCAGCCUCUGCAGAAGCUUGGUUUCUACUUGGAACAACUCAAGCUGAGAAUGAACAAGAUCCAUUGGCAAUAACUGCUCUUAAGAAAUCACUAGAAAUUGAUCCAAGACAGCUAGAAGCAUAUAUAACACUUGCAGCAGCUUAUACCAACGAAAAUAUGCCUAAAUAUGCCUUUGUUUCAUUAUUGGAUUGGUUAAAAGCAAGUCCUAAAUACAGUGAUCUGUUCCCUCAUGAUAUUGAUCCAAAGAAGUUAGACUUAAAAGAAUUAGAAGCUCAUGUUGUAUCUUUGUAUCUAAAAGUAGCACAGUUGAAUCCUAACCAAAUUGAUGCUGAUGUACAAAAUGCCUUAGGUGUUGUUUUUAACAUAAAACAAGAAUAUGACAAAGCAGUUGACUGUUUUAAAACUGCAUUAAUGGUAGCAAGUGAUAAUGCCAAGUUAUGGAACAGGCUUGGAGCCACAUUGGCUAACAGUGACCGCUCUGAAGAAGCAGUUGAGGCUUAUCAUGAAGCAUUGAAUUUAGAACCAGGAUUUAUCAGAGCAAGGUAUAAUGUUGGAAUCACUUGUAUGAAUUUAGGAGCACACAGGCAAGCAGCUGAACAUUUCUUAGUGGCAUUGAAUCAACAGUUCAAAGCCAAAACUUUGUAUCCAAAUGCACUAAAUACUGAUACAAGUUCAUCAACAAUCUGGACAACAUUACGAAUGGUUUGCUCAUUUAUGGGCGAACAUGAAGCUGCAAAAUUAGUGGAUGACAAGAAUCUUAAUGCAUUAAAUAAUUUCUUCAGUAUAGAAUAAAAUUUAUCUACAAGCCAUUAAUUACCCAUUAUAUUUUUAUUCCAUCAAGAAUCCACUCGUUGGUAUUUGGACCCAUCAAAGUUGAAUGCACAACAUGGCAAUAGGAAAAAGUUGCAUUUGUAAGAACUCUUAGCUGCUAUGACAGGAAUCCAAG